GAUGGUGGCGAUGGCGCUGCUGCGUGCCUGGCUGGUGGCCUCGGCUUUGUGGUGGGCGCCCAGCGCGGGCUGCCCGGAGCCGUGUGCCUGCGUGGACAAAUAUGCGCAACAGUUCGCGGACUGCGCCUACAAAGACCUGCAGACGGUGCCCUCGGGGCUGCCUUCCAACGUGACCACGCUGAGCCUCUCCGCCAACAAGAUCACGGCGCUGGCCCGGGGCUCCUUCUCCGAGGUCACCCAAGUCACCUCGCUCUGGCUGGCCCAUAACCAGAUCCGCGCCGUGGAAGAAGGCACGCUGGCCGUGCUGGGCCAGCUGAAGAACCUGGACGUCAGCCACAACCAGAUCGUGGACUUCCCCUGGGCCGACCUGCGCAACCUCAGCGCCCUGCAGCUGCUCAAGAUGAACAACAACCGCAUGGCCCACCUGCCCAGCUCGGCCUUCCACGCCCUGCGCGACCUGCGCUCGCUGCGCAUCAACAACAACCUCUUCAGUGGCCUGGCCGAGGGCACCUUCGACCCGCUCACCUCGCUCUCCCACCUGCAGAUCUACAACAACCCCUUCAACUGCACCUGCCAGCUCAUGUGGCUGAAGAACUGGACUGAGCACACCUUGAUCUCCAUCCCCGAGAGGGAGGCCAUCAGCUGCGCUGCGCCCGAGCUGUGGAAGGGCCAGCCGCUGGCCAGCAUCCCCUACUUUCGCUGCUCCGCGCCCACCGUGCGCCUGAGCUCCCAGCCGGACCUGCAGAGCCUCGCCUACGGCUUUGCCCUGGCCUUGCACUGCCACGCCGAGGGGCUCCCCCGGCCGGAGCUCACCUGGAGGAUCCAAGCCUCGGGCCAGACCCUGGAGAUCGCGGGCGGCAGCGAGGCCGACGGGCAGAACGCCCUGCCCGCGCAGGGGGCGGCCGGCCCCGGGGAGCGGCAGAGUGCCCGCGCCUUCCCCAACGGCACCUUGCUGCUCCCUCACCUGGGCAAGAAGGAGGAAGGCACCUACACCUGCCUGGCCACCAACGAGGUGGGCAGCAGCCACAUCUCCAACCACGCGUUCAACCAGAGCUCCGAGCUGAAACCGCAGAGCUUCGAGCUGGGCGUCAUCGCGCUGGACGUCUCGGAGCGCGAAGCCAAGGUGCAGAUCACGCCUUUCUCCGCCCGGGAGAAGGGCCAGCUGCGCCGGCUCUACCUGUGCCGGGAGGGCCGCCGGGGGGGCCCGCCGGCGCUGGUGCAGUGGUCGCAGAUCGAGGAGGGCCUGAACGCCUACUGGUUCCGAGGCCUCGUCCCGGGCACCAACUACUCGGUCUGCCUGAGCUUCGCGGGCGAGGAGUGCCAGGUCCAGGUGGUCUUCAGCACCAAGAAGGAGGUGCCCUCGCUGCUCAUCAUCGUGGUGGUCAGCGCCUUCCUGCUGGCCCUGGCCACCCUCCCGCUGCUGGGCGCCACCUGCUGCCACCUCGUCUCCAAGUACCAAGGCAAGACGUACCGGCUCAUCCUGCGGACGCAGAAUCCGGCGGACCAGAUGGAAAAGCACAUGGCGGCCGACUUCGACCCCCGCGCGUCCUACCUGGAGUCGGAGAAGAACUACCAACCCAGCGAGGUGGGCCGAGGGGAGCUGGAAGAGGAGGAGGACGACGACGAGGACGAGGAAGAAGAGGGAAGGGCCAGCCAAGCGGGCGGCGGCGGCCCUUAUCUGAAGCAGGCUGCUGCUUGGGAUAUCACGGUCAGGGUGCAGCGGGUCUGGCAAGCAUCAGAUGCGCUUUCCAACAUGGCGAAGGACUUGACAUGA